ACGCCUCAUCAACAGGGUAACAACGCGACAGCUUGUUAUCUCAGGUUGAACUUUGCUAUAAAGUCGUCUAAAAGCCGUUUUAAAACAAUCAUUCGUACGACAGCAUCAGCCAGCUAACCAUCCAUCUGCUAUACCAUGGAAAUCAAAAGCGCAGUGAUAGUUUCGGUUCUGAUGGCUGCGCUAUUUGUUAACACGUCUGCAACUUACAGUCAGUCAUCCCCUUAUUCUGCAGUAUCCUACUCGGAAGUGGAUUCCGACGAACAGGAGUCACACGAAGCCACGUAUCCGGCUAAGAUUUCUUACGGUUCGACCAGCGCUACAGCCGCUUACUCGAAUUCGGAAGAGAAGUCAAUUUACGGUAAGAACGACAAAGGCGAUGAAAAGAAAAAUGCCCAUGUCGGAAUCGAAUAUCCGACGUACAAAGAGGCGGAAUACGUAACGACUUCGUAUCCUGUUCACAUCGACACGAAUUCCGGGGAUGACACACUUUCCUACACUACUGUUGCUUAUUCUGCUCCCGUUUAUAAUGAGCCACAGCAUGUGGCUGCUACCUACACUCCACCGGUUUACUCACCUCCUACCUACACCGCUCCUACGCUCGAUGUUCCUGUCUAUAGAACCCCCACAGUAUUGCCGUACUGGAUGCGGUCUGGAUAUGCAGAGAACUCUAUUGGGAACGAUGUUGCCGCCUACUAACUAGUAAACUGUUUGCUAGGUCGAUGAUGAAAACAAAUGACUAUUUAUUAAAUGUAGCAAUUGAAUAUAAUAAAUAAAUAAAUCAACUAUAGAUACAGUUA